UGGUGCUGCUAUCCAAUAUGGCGCUGUCCAUGAAAAUUUUCCAGAUUAUCAGAAAAUACAAUUUUACGAUAACAUUUGACAUUUUAGAAUAAAAACAAAACCAAAAAGAUGAGCAUAAAAGCUUUUGAUUUGGUUCCUGCCAUUGAGCGGAUCAAAUUGAUGUCCGACAAAGCCAAAACACAGAUUGAAUGUUUUGAUGUUUGUGGUAAAAAUCUGUACAUAGGCACAAAUGAUUGCUUCGUUAUCCAUUACAAUGUGGAGGAAAGACCCGUGGGGAAUGGACCAAAGGUUGUUUUCCAUAAUGAGAAACAAGGACACAAAUACUUAGCAGUGAAGAAACCUGUAAUACAGAUAAAGGCUGCCUCAGCUCUGAACAGAAUCAUGGUGUUGAUAGAUAAUACUUUGUCAUUACUUAAUAUGUUUGAUUUAGAGCCAAUUAUGACAGGUGCCAAAGUAAAGGGAGUUACCUACUUUUGUAUAAAUGAAAAUCCUACCAAUGGAAAUCCAUUUAGUAUAGAGAUAUGUGUAGCAUUAAAGAAGAAACAAAUACAAGUUUAUACAGUUACAGAAGAUAAAUUGGUGCAUGUUAAAGAUGUCCAUAUAUCAGAACCGGCUAUUUCUGUGGGUGUAGACGGAAGUUUUGUUUGUGCUGCCUUGUUGUCGCAGUAUUGUAUGAUAAACUAUGAAACAUCACAUACACAAGAUCUUUUCCCAUUUGAUUCAGAACAUAGUAAACCUCUCAUUAAAAGAAUAAGUAAGGAAGAAUUUCUGUUAAGUGGACCAAGUGCUUUGGGGAUGUUUGUUACAUCUGACGGUAUAUCACAACGACCUCCGUUACAAUGGUCAGAGAAUAUUGUCAGUAUGACUUAUGUCCAUCCAUACAUUGUUGCCAUGAAUGAUGAGUUCAUUACAGUUCAUAGUAUAUUAGAUCAACAACAAAAACAGGCUAUUCCAUUUCAAGGUGGUACAUAUUUAGGAAACUUUGAUGGCAAGCUAUUUGUGGCCUCAGGCAGAGAAAUAUAUGCUUUAGUUCCUGUAGCAUGGGAAAAACAGGUUCAAGCAUUAUUAGGUGACAAGAGAGUAACAGAGGCUUUAGAUUUGGCUAAAAAUGCCAAUAAAGCAGGACUUACUAGGGACAAAUUCUUAAAGAUAUUUAAGAGAUUUCAGCAACAGGCAGCUUUUAUAGAAUUUUCUGAAGGUCAUUUAGAGGAGGCCAUGGAUCUGUUUAAAAAUAGUCAGGUUGAUGUUAGAGAGGUUAUAAGUUUAUACCCUCGACUUUUGCCAUCAAACUGUAAUUUUACCCGGUCAGUGCCACCCCUUCAUGAGAUGGCUGAUGUUAACCAGUUAUCAAGAGGGAAAGGAGAUCUAUUAAAGGAAUACAAAAGUUUUCUUUGUACAUACCUAGCUGAUAUUAAAGGCACAGGAACAGGAUAUAAACAGGAAAUAGAUACAGCAUUGUUAAAACUAUAUGCAGAGAUUGACUCGCCAGAACUGAUUCCCCUUAUAGCUGUAGAUACUGGUUGUGAUUUAAAAGACUCAGUUGAGUGGUUAGAAAAAUAUAAACGAUAUAAUGCUUUAGGAUUGUUAUAUAAAGUACAUGGUGAACAUGAUAAAGCUCUGGCUCUCUGGGUCAAGAUUUGUAAUGGUGAAGUAGAAGAUGAAUCAUUUGAAGGCAUUAAUUUUAUUAUAGAAUAUUUAGCUAAUUUAAAUGACCAUGAAUUAGUUUGGAAAUAUGUUGAUUGGGUACUGUCUAAAGAUCAAGAAAAUGGAGUUCGAAUAUUUACAGACAGACCUACAACUGAGCCCCCCUCAGAGAGAAUGAGACCAGAUACUGUGAUAGACUACCUCCACCGAUUCCCUAUAGCUGUGAUAACCUACCUAGAAUAUUUAGUCUUUCAGAAGAAAUUAGAGAAAGAAAAAUACCAUACCCAUUUAGCUGUGUUAUAUUUAGAUGCUGUACUCAAACUCAUCAAAACCAAUAAUGUAAAGAAAGAAGAAAUGGAUAAGGCUAGAUCCAAAUUACGGUACAUAUUGCAGAUGUCUAAUCUGUACCGUGUACAACUAAUACUGGGGAAAGCUAAAGAAACAGAAAUGCAUGCAGAAUGUGCAAUAUUAUAUGGAAAGUUAGAAGAACAUGACAAAGCCUUGAGGAUACUUGUACAUAAAUUAAAAGACUUUGGUGCUGCUGAAAAUUAUUGUCUAGUCAACUCUCACGGCAAAGAUUCUUUGUUUCGUAAACGAUUAUUUCACAUCUUACUUAGUGUAUACUUAGAUCCUUCAAAUGAACAAAAAGAUUCUUUAGUGAAACCCGCUGUAGAGUUACUAAAUAGUAAUGUAGCUGAAUUUGAUACCGUUAAAGUUUUACAAUCCUUGCCAGAGAACUGGUCUGUCAGUUUAGUUUCUCAAUUUUUAAAUCGUGCAAUACGGAAAAGUAUGAACAAUAGUCGGACUACUCGAAUAGAAAGAAUGAUGUCAAGGGGAGAGAAUUUACAAGUGAAACAAAAUAUAAUUGAGAUUCAGAAAGAGUUUGUUACUAUGAAUGAUGACAGAAUGUGUGCUGUUUGUAGCAGGGCAUUUAAUGACACUGCAUUUGUACGCUAUCCCAAUGGUGUUGUGACUCAUGUGCAUUGUGCUAAAAAUAAACAUAUAUGUCCAGUAACAGGAAAACUGUUCAGUACGAAGCGUUCCUGACAUGAUCCUAUAUCUACAGUUUAUACCAGUGAUAAAUAGAGUAUUUGUUGAUAAAAAUAUAUUUUUCAUCAUUAGCCAUGUUAUAGGUGUUCUGUGAGAAGAAUUUGUUGCGUGUGUGGUAUUCUUACUUGCCGACAGUGAAAUUUUCGUGUACAGACGAAGUGCAUCAUGUAUAAGUACAUGUAUAACAAAUUGUAACUUAAAUUAAUUUCAUGUGUGUCAAAUGUGCUCAUUAUACGGUUGUUUGUAACUCAUACUGCCACAACAAGCCUUAAAACAAGUUGUACCACAUUUUGCUGUAUUAUGAUAAAGACAUUCCUAUCAUACUUUAGUGUGUGACAUUUUGAAUUUUAUUUAAUAAAUUCUGUUCUAGGGGACUGUCGUUUAUUCUAUAUCAGUACCAAAAAAAAUCUUGAGGGAGGUAGCACAAAUAGAUAUCAAUGAGGGAUGUAAAUGGUUUCUUGGGAAAUAUACUUUUUGUUCAAAUGUUUGUACAGGAUUUCUAAUGCAGUUAUUGAAUGCUUUAAGCAGGCUUGAAAACAUUUGCCAAAUUUAUUAAACAAUUUUGUAAUACAGUAUAAGGUUUGAUUUUGCUUGAUUUGACUAUCCUGUUUAAGAGUUUGUCUUAUUAAAGGCAGUAUUUUUUUUUAGGUUUCAAUAUACAUCAUAAUAUCUAAAAACAUAUAUGUUAAUCUUUAUCAUAAUAUGUUUGCUCAUAAAAGUCAAAUGAAGCUUUUUGUGCAUUUUUAUCUUUUAACAGAUAUAACCAAUUGUUACAUAAUAAUAAUAAAAUGAUUAGGGGUUUUAGACAAUCAUUUUAAGUAUCUGACGAUUGGACCAAAUCAAUAAGUAAUGUGUACACAAUGUUAUGGAGACAAAAUAAAGGACUAGUUUAAAUUGUAAAAUUACGAUUGGAAAUGGGGAAUGUAUCAUAGAGACAACAACCCAACAAAAUAGUAGACAACAGCUGACCUCCAAUGGGUCUUCAGUACAACGAGAAAGUCUGCCACCAUGAGGUGUGCUUCAGCUGGCCUCUUAAUAAAAAUGUUCAGUGAUAAUGUAUGUCAUAUACUGUGCAUGAUCAGUCAACAAUAUUUAAAUUGACCUUGUUUGGACUUUUGAUAGUAGGUUUUCUUUAUACAAAACUAUUUUUCAUAUAAUUAAAUAUUUAAAAUAGCACAAUUUGUGCUGCUACAAACAGAUUAAGCAGAGAUGUAAUGAAAACUUAUACAUUUACAGUGCAUGAACACACAGCAUUUUUACAUAUGAUGACUUUAACUUUAAAAAAACUAAAACAAUCGUAUAUUUAUGUGAAACUAUAUCUUAAUUUCACCAACAAACCUAGUUAUGGUUGCAUAUUUUAUUAGCUAAAAAAGAAGUGUAAUGUAAUGGUAGAUGAGUUCACCAUCCUAUCAGACAGAAUAUCUGUAUAUAAAGGUUUAUUAUAGGUUAACUCUUGUUUAUACAAUUCAAGUAUUUGUUUGUCAUUUUUUAUAGCAACAAAUCUUUGCACAUUUUUAAAACCAGUCACUCAAAGUGAUGUUGAAAUGUUAGUGAAUAAAUACUAUGGAUGUGAUGUUAUAGUGAAAACUGAUAAUUGUUUUGUUAAAUAUUUGUUAGAUUAUAUUAGUCAGUGAAGUAUAGUUUGGAAUUUUUGAGUGGAUGAAACUCCAGAAUGUCUGUAUGUAAGAUGAAAGUGUAAAAAAUAUUCCCAAUAUAAAAAAAACAACAUUUUAAUGAAUCUGGAAUGACGAUUCGGUGUUUUGCUA